AAGAAAAAUAUUCUUAUAUUUAGCUACUUGCUGGACGUGAAUAUUGUUACGAUAUGUAUCUAUAGGCAUAAACGUACCAUUGUACUUAAAAAGUUUCAAUUUUUCUAAUUGUAGUUAUUUACCUACUUCUUUUCCUAAACAUUUUUUUCUGCAAACGUAAAUAAUUGGAUUGUUAAAAAAAUAUUGAACGCUAUGGAGAAAUUCGGUAUUAUAGUUUUUUUCGUUAUAUUUUCUAUUGCAAAUGCACAAAAUCAGUAUUGCCGAUUUUGUAAUGACCAUCUUGCCUGUGUUAGAAGAAAUGGGAACUGCGGCAUAGAUUCUUCAUCAUGCGGUCGAAACGCUAGACAAAUUGGUUUGUCCAACGAAGACAUAAGAAAUAUUCUCGAUCAACACAAUUCUUUAAGAAACAAGGUUGCAUUUGGUCGAGAAACGUCCCAUAGGCAACCUUCUGCAUCAAAUAUGAACGCCUUGAAUUACAACAAAGAAUUGGCAUACAUAGCUCAAUGUUUAACCAAUAAAUGUAAAUUUGCGCACGAUAAAUGUAGAAAAACAGCAAAAUAUUCAUGGGUAGGCCAAAACUUAUUUAUAAAAUGGUUCCAAGGUACUCCCGGAAAUAAAAAGGACGUUAUCCGAUCAGCUAUCGAUUCAUUCUACAACGAAGUAAAAGAUUUUAACCCGUCGUGGGUAAACAGCUACAAUGAUCAUGGUAAAAUGGUGGGACACUAUUCCCAGUUAGUUUGGGCGAACACCAAAGAAGUAGGAUGCUCUUUGACUUAUUACAUAGACAAAGGUAAGAAUACUUACUUAAUGGCAUGUAAUUAUGGACCAGGUGGAAAUUUCGGCGGACAAUCUGUGUACAAAAGCGGUAGACCUGCCUCAGAGUGUGGAAGACAAGGUGUGAAUAGGAGAUUCACUGGACUAUGCGGAAAUGAUAAUAGCUAAAUUAUUUUGAUUAUAAAUUUUAAUAAGUGACAAAUAUAAAAUGCUAAUUGUAAGUUUUGUUUUAUUUUUCAUUUUAUUCCAAAAGAUGAGCUAUAGUAGUCAUAUUUUUGUAAUAGAGCUUAGGAAACUUUAUCAUUUAGUAAAAUGUUACUGAUUUGAGGCUGAUAACUAAUUAAUUAUUAAAAUUUUAAAUUUGAUGUCUUGUGAC